GGCCACAGAAAAGAACAUCGUGGUACGUGCGGAGGAGCGCCAUCGUGGUGGAGGACACUUGACGUCGCGAACGGUUUGAGUACUCGCGCUCGCUGCCAAACACGUCCCCGGACCUACAGGGUGCAGCGGAGAACGCACUCCGCCACUAUGGGAGGAGUUUUUAAAGCGCCGCUCGUGCUCUCUCUUCUGUUUGUCACCGAACUGAAUAAGCUUUGAGAAGGAGACAAAACGGAGCAGGGCGGAUAAACUGUCAGUGAUUCAAGAGCAUCGUAUCAGCAGGGCAUCAUGGAUGACGACCUGAUGUUCAGCAUGGAGGAGGAAGACAGUGCCAGGAGACCCUCCUCUUCCUCCUCCCAGCACAGCAGUGUGAAGCAGCGAGCUUCCUCCCUCAGCGACGCCAAUGCCAGCGACGACGAAGACGACGAAGACAACUUCAUCUCCCCCAUCCUGGGCGACUCCGCCAAGGAAGUCUGCAACUACCUGAAAGAGCUCGUUUACUCGAGGCAGCUGUCAAACUCUCUUCCCAAGAACAACUUUUUGUUCAGGCAUGAAAUCGAGCCAGAGCGUCGAACGUACACUGUUUUGUCUGAGAGUGCACGGGCGGCAUGGAUCCAUGCCAUCGAAAAGGCCCGAGCCAUGCCGGACCCUUGGGCGCAGUUUCACCUGGAGGAGAUAGCGACAGAACCGUGCAUUCGCUACAGGUACAGUGCCAUCACAGGAGAGUGGGCUCAAGACCAGAUUCACAUCAAAAUGGCGGGACAGGCCUUUGGGAAAGGAGCCAUGAGGGAGUGCUUCAGAGCGAAGAAGUUGUCCAACUUCUCACACAGCAGCAACUGGAAGUCGGCGUCCAACUAUGUGGCCAAGCGUUACAUGGAGACGGUGGACAGAGACGUCUACUUCGAGGACGUCAGGCUGCAGAUGGAGGCCAAACUCUGGGGGGAGGAGUACAACCGUCACAGACCCCCCAAACAGGUGGACAUCAUGCAGAUGUGCGUGGUGGAGAUGACUCAACGACCCGGCAAGCCCCUCUUCCACCUGGAGCAUUACAUCGAGGGCAAGUACAUCAAGUACAACUCCAACUCUGGCUUUGUGAGAGACGACAACAUCCGUCUGACUCCGCAGGCCUUCAGCCACUUCACCUUUGAGCGGUCGGGCCAUCAGCUGAUCGUGGUGGACAUUCAGGGAGUUGGAGACCUCUACACGGACCCUCAGAUCCACACAGAGAAGGGGACGGACUUCGGAGAUGGAAAUCUAGGUGUGCGAGGCAUGGCUCUGUUCUUCCACUCCCACCUGUGUAACAAGAUCUGCAAGAGCAUGGGCUUGACGCCUUUUGACCUCUCCCGGCCAGAGACGUCCCAGAUGGACUGCACCAACAAGCUUCUUAAGUCGGCCCAGACGGUGCUGAGGGGCUGCGAGGAGGUCUGCGGCUCGCCUCGAGUUCGGACCUUGUCCGCAAGCCGGGCGCCCCCGCUGCUGUCCCGCCUGUCCGAGACCUCGUCUGCGGAGGAGAGCGCGAGCGACGCCGACUCCAUCCCCUGCUCGCCUCUCACCCUGCCCUUCUCUCCCUUGGUGGCAGGCGGAUUGAUGGGCAAGUCCCCUUCAGGUACCUUUAAGAUCAUUUCACCGUGAAUAAAGAGCACACCA